CAGGAGCGCCGCCGCCCAGCCCCAGCGCCGCGAGCGGGACCGCUGCGAGGGAGCCCUGACCCCCGGCUCCGCUCCCCCCGCCCUGGGGCUCGGGGUGUCUGGAAAAGGCAGGCGACGAACCCCGCUGGACUCUGCUGGACCCCCAGGAAGGCGCUGAGGCCUGAGCUGCCCUCCUUCCCACCCUGCCUGGCCCCCCAGGACCGGGCAGUUGCUGGGGGCCCUGGAGGGGGGGGGCCCGGGACUGGGUUGUGCCCCCCCCCCCACGCCCCAGCAGGAUGGACCCGAGUUAGUGCGGUCGGCGUCACACGGUGUCCUCCAGGCCCAGAGGGGAGCCUGGGGGCCCUGAGAGCUUGACUUGUGCCCGGCGCCAUGGAGACGAAGCUGCCCCCCGCCAGCACCCCCACCAGCCCCUCCUCCCCGGGGCUGUCGCCCGUGCCCCCGGCCGACAAGGUGGACGGCUUCUCGCGCCGCUCCCUCCGCAGAGCGCGGCCUCGGCGCUCGCACAGCUCCUCUCAGUUCCGCUAUCAGAGCAACCAGCAAGAGCUGACGCCGCUGCCCCUGCUCAAAGAUGUGCCCGCCUCCGAGCUGCACGAGCUGCUGAGCCGGAAGCUGGCCCAGUGCGGGGUGAUGUUCGACUUCUUGGACUGCGUGGCCGACCUGAAGGGGAAGGAGGUGAAGCGGGCGGCGCUCAAUGAGCUGGUGGAGUGUGUGGGGAGCACCCGGGGCGUCCUCAUAGAGCCCGUGUACCCCGACAUCAUCCGCAUGAUCUCAGUGAACAUCUUCCGGACCCUGCCGCCCAGCGAGAACCCCGAAUUCGACCCUGAAGAGGAUGAGCCCAACCUGGAGCCUUCGUGGCCACAUCUGCAGCUGGUGUAUGAGUUCUUCCUGCGUUUCCUGGAGAGCCCCGACUUCCAGCCCUCCGUGGCCAAGAGAUAUGUGGAUCAAAAGUUUGUCCUGAUGCUGCUGGAGCUGUUCGACAGCGAGGACCCUCGGGAGCGCGAGUACCUCAAGACCAUCCUGCACCGGGUCUACGGCAAGUUCCUGGGGCUCCGGGCCUACAUCCGCAAGCAGUGUAACCACAUCUUCCUCCGGUUCAUCUAUGAGUUCGAGCACUUCAAUGGCGUGGCAGAGCUGCUGGAGAUCUUAGGAAGCAUCAUCAACGGCUUCGCGCUGCCCCUGAAGACCGAGCACAAGCAGUUCCUGGUUCGAGUCCUGAUUCCCCUGCACUCCGUCAAAUCCCUGUCCGUCUUUCACGCCCAGCUGGCCUACUGUGUCGUGCAGUUCCUGGAGAAGGACGCCACGCUGACAGAGCACGUGAUCCGCGGGCUGCUCAAAUAUUGGCCAAAAACCUGCACCCAGAAGGAGGUCAUGUUCCUGGGGGAGGUGGAGGAGAUCCUGGACGUCAUUGAGCCCUCCCAGUUUGUGAAGAUCCAGGAGCCCCUGUUCAAGCAGGUGGCUCGCUGUGUCUCCAGCCCCCACUUCCAGGUUGCAGAGCGGGCUCUGUAUUUCUGGAACAACGAGUAUAUCCUGAGCCUCAUUGAGGACAACUGCCACACUGUGCUGCCUGCUGUGUUUGGGACCCUCUACCAAGUCUCCAAGGAGCACUGGAAUCAAACCAUCGUGUCUCUCAUCUACAACGUGCUCAAGACCUUCAUGGAGAUGAACGGCAAGCUGUUUGAUGAGCUCACGGCCUCCUACAAGCUGGAAAAGCAGCAGGAGCAGCAGAAGGCCCGGGAGCGUCAGGAGCUGUGGCAAGGUCUGGAGGAGCUGCGGCUGCGCCGGCUACAGGGGACCCAGGGGACCCAGGGGGCCAGGGAGGCCCCCCUGCAGCGGCUUGUACCCCAGGUGGCUGCCAGUGGAGGCCAGAGCUAGAGAGCCCUCGGGCAGGGACGAGGCGACACCCAGAGCCGGCAGACCCUCCCUCCCUUCUGCCUCGGGGCCCAGAGUGGGAUCUGAGGACUCCCUGCCUGGGCCGCAGGGAGCCAGGAGAGGAGGGGGCGGCCUUGGCAGCUGAACUCUCAGGCCCUGGAGGCAGGACUUGACGGGGCGAGUGACCGGGAAGCUGCCACGCCGGGCUCCAGCUGGCAGGUGCCCCUGCCCUGCUCCCGGCCGGACAGGGCCCUCAGCGCCUCGCCUGCCCGUCUCACGCCCGCCGUGGGCUCCGUGGUCUAUUUAUUCUCGCCCGCUCCCCCUCAGCACAGACGCCAUCCUGGGCCUGAGCGUCUCCCCCCACCUUCGCCCUCGGCUUCCUGUCCCCUUUUUAUUUAUUCCGCAGGGGGAGGGGUGAGGGCACAGUGCCCUGGGUAAGAGGGGUCGCAGCAGUCCUGGUCUUCCCCCUCCCCUGGCUGGGGGCAGACUUAAUAAAGAGAGA